GAGCAGUCAUCAAUUUUUCUUCAGGCAGUCAGCCCGUUGCAGUCUCUGACUUGACUUCGACUUUGCUUUUCCUAACUGCAAUAUUUUUGCUGCUGAUUUUCUACUCGUUUUUCCAAGCUGCUUUUGUUGUUGUUGUAUGUGUUGCUUUUGAUUUUUCUGUCGCUAAACUGGUGCGUGGCUGCUGCGCAUGCGUGUGAGCCAAAACUGACCGAACGUAUAUAAGCGAUUAUAGGGCCGGGCUGGCCAACAGUCAGCCGCGUUGCUCUACAUCGAGCGUGCGUUGCGUGUGCCGUGUGCCGAUAUUUCGAAUACGUAUCGAUACGAUAUUAAGUAUACGCAUCCACGAAGGACAUUCAUCGUGAACUACCGUUGCAUUGCCACAAGGAUUACGAUUCGAUCGAACCAAUUUGUGAACUAUUGUAAAAACACAGUUAAUAUAGUGCGCUCAACUAUAUCAGAACGUUUUCAUAAGUGCAACACAAGUGAAACUAUGAAGCUUCGACUCCUAGCGCUGCUGUGCGUGCUGCUCGGCUCAGCACUGGCAGAACCCUCGCCCACAAUCGCGCCCUGCAUCCAUGCAGGUGGUGCAGUUGGCUACUCGUAUGCGCCGCCAGCUGAGGUCAAGUUCUCCAUAACGCCCGGCGUCACCAAGUACAGCCAAACGCCCGCCAUUUCCAGCUACUCCGAGAAUGGGAAACUGCUGCAAUCGUCUGUGAGCAGCGGCCUGGCUUCGUAUGAGACCACCGCAGGACUCUCGGGCUACUCGCAGGGCGGUCUCACGCAGAUCAACAAGUAUGUGGCACCCGUACAGAAGACGCUGUUCACUCCCUCGGCGGAAUACGGUGGUCCCGGAAUAACCUAUGCCGAUAAGUCGCCGGCUGCCAAGUACGCCACUGUGGUGCCCUCCGGCAUUGAGCUGAAGAGCUUGGUUUCGCCAGCCUUGACCAAGGUGUCCACCUACUCCUCGCCCGGCUACACCUACAGUCAGUCCACUCCGGGCAUUUCCAAGUCGGCUACCUACACAUCGCCCUCGCCCUCCAGUGGAGCAUACUAUGCCCCGUCCGUGACCACCAAGGUGGAGACCUAUACCUCCCCUGGCUACACCUACUCCAAGGCCACGCCUGGCUUCUCCAAGGUGGAGACCUACAGCUCACCCGGCUACAGCUACUCCCAGGCAUCGCCAGGUGUUGCCAAGAUAGCCACCUAUUCGCCUUCCAUUUCCUAUGCUGCGCCUGCGCCUGCCCUCAAGCUGGCCACCACUUCGUCGCUGUUCUCCUCGCUCGGCUCUGGCUACUCGGCCAACUAUGCACCCGCUCUGGCCAAGACCUAUUUGCCCGCAGCGCCCGCCAUUGCCACCCAAUAUGUUUCGUCACCUGCCAAGGUGGCCACCUACAGCGCUCCUGCCCUGUCCACCUAUGCAUCGGCUCCCCUUAGCAAGCUGAGCACCAGCUAUGGUGCCAGUGGCUCAGGCGCCAUCUCCCAUCAGUACGUCUCCAAGCCCGCCGUGGCUACCUAUGCAGCUGCUCCUGCUGUCACCAAGACUGUCAGCUAUGCUGCUCCUGCCGUCACUAAGAUAUCCAGCUAUGCUGCUCCGUCUAUCUCCACCUACUCCUCAGCUCCUUCGAUAGCUAAAGUGGCGACCUACACCGCUCCAGCUGUGGCCAAGGUGGGCUAUACCGCUCCUGCCGUCAGCUACGCCAGCAGUGGACAUGGCGCUGUCUCCCAUCAGUACGUGUCCAAGCCUGCGCUGGCCACAAUCUCUGCUGCUCCGGCGAUUGCCAAGGUGGCAUCCUAUGCCGCUCCAGCUGUGGCCACCUAUUCCACCGGUCCGGCAAUCUCAAAGGUUGCCAGCUAUGCACCUGCAUCCAUAUCCACCUACUCCGCUGCUCCGGCUAUUACAAAAGUAGCCACCAGCUAUGGCAGCUCUGGCCAUGGCGCUGUCUCCCACCAAUAUGUGUCCAAGCCCGCCGUGGCUACCUAUGCUGCAGCCCCUGCUCUCGCCAAGACUGUCAGCUAUGCUGCUCCGUCUAUCUCCACCUACUCCUCAGCACCUUCCCUUGCCAAGGUGGCGACCUACAGCCAGGCAGCUGAUGUCUCCCAUCAGUACAUUUCCAGGCCAUCCACAGUGUAUGCUGCUGCUCCAGCGAUUGCCAAAGUCGCUACCUACGCAGCGCCUGCCGUAGCCACCUAUUCCGCUGCUCCAACCAUCACCAAGCUGGCAACCAGCUAUGGUAGCUCUGGUCAUGGCGCUGUCUCCCACCAAUAUGUGUCCAAGCCCGCUGUGGCUACCUAUGCAGCAGCUCCUGCUCUCGCCAAGACUGUCAGCUAUGCUGCUCCAGCCAUCGCCUCGGCAGCUCCCUCAGUUGCCAAGGUGGCGACCUACAGCCAGGCAGCCGACGUCUCCCAUCAGUACAUCUCCAAGCCCAUAGUUGCUGCUUAUCCCGCUGCUGCUCCAGCCAUUGCCAAGGUGGCAUCCUAUGCAGCCCCAGCUGUGGCCACCUAUUCUGCUGGCCCCGCCAUCACCAAGGUGUCCAGCAGCUAUGGCGGCUCGGGAAUCGGCGCUGUGUCCCAUCAAUAUGUCUCCAAGCCUGCGGUGGCUAUCUCUGCUGCUCCAGCCAUAGCUAAGGUCGCCAGCUAUGCACCAGCUGUGGCCACUUACUCAACGGGUCCUGCCAUCUCAAAGGUUGCCAGCUAUGCACCUGCAUCCAUAUCCACCUACUCCGCAGCUCCAGCCAUCACCAAGCUGGCCACCAGCUAUGGCAGUUCUGGUCAUGGCGCCGUCUCCCACCAAUAUGUGUCCAAGCCCGCUGUGGCUACCUAUGCAGCUGCUCCCGCUCUCACCAAGACUGUCAGCUAUGGAGCUCCUGCUGUCGCCAGCUAUGGAGCGACGCUCUCCAAGACCUACUUGCCGGCUGCGCCAGCCAUCAGCAGCUAUGCCGCUGCUCCAGCUCUCACAAAAGUAUCCACUAGCUAUGGCGGAUCCGGUGCCGUCUCCCAUCAAUAUGUGUCGAAGCCGGCGAUUGCGACCAUUGGAGCUGCUCCUGCCAAGUUGGCCUAUGGAGCACCAGGCUUAGUCUCGACCAUUGGCACUGGAUAUGCCAGCACGCAGUACGCAUCCAAGCCAGCGAUAGCAGUUGGUCAAGGCUACUCCUCAUCCAAAUUGGGAUUGGGCUUGGGCUUGGGCCUGGGUCUGGGUCUGGGCCAGGGCUACUCGACCUCUGGCCAUGGCGCCAUCGCCACGCAAUAUGUGUCCAAGCCUGGACUGCUAACAGCUCCACUGGGCAAGCUGACAACGGGACCAGCACUUGGCCAAGGCUAUAUCAGCAGCACAGCCUAUGGACUCAAUGCGGGUAAAUUGGGUUUGGGCUCGACUGGCGGCUACUACGGCGCCAUUUCGCUUGGUCAUGCUGCCGUCUCGCCCGCACUCACCUACCAGGGCGCUCUGUCGCAUGGUGCUGGAUUGGCGCAGCUGGGCGCACCACUGGCCGACUACAGUCUGGGCCAUGGCAUUGGGGCCUUUGGCGCCGGCUUCAAUCGCUAUGCGCCCAGCGUCUCGGCGCUGAGUGCUCAGGCUCCUCUUACGCCCGCUGCUUACCUGAAGACCGCCCCAGUGGCCCAGCCGGCGCUGCUAAAGGUUCUGCCCGAGAAGCAUCUCGAGCAUUUUGAUGCGCAUCCACGUUACGCCUUUGAGUAUGCGGUAAAUGAUCCUCACACUGGCGACAACAAGCAUCAGCGCGAGGAGCGCGACGGCGAUGUGGUCAAGGGCGAGUACUCCCUGGUCGAGCCCGAUGGCAAUGUGCGCACCGUCAAGUACUAUGCCGAUUGGGAGACAGGCUUCCAUGCCGAGGUCAUCAACAGUCGCGAUCAGGGCAAAAUUGUGGCCAAGCGUCAGGCGGCGCCCAAGUCGUGAGCGCCUCUCAAGAUGCAUCAGUGACUUUUUUUGUUCGCCAGCACAACUGUAAAUAGCCAACGAUUCAAUUUUCUUCUCAUUAAACAUUAAACGUAUUUAUGUAAAUCCCACAACAACAACAACAACAACUACUACUACUACUACGACAACAAGAACCACAACAACAACAUCAACAAAAUGCAACUAGCAAAAAACAUAGCAGAGAGCUGCCAUCUUGCACCACCACAUAACCGUUAUAGUUGCUCAUUCCUUCUACCUAUCUCUUUCUUGCUCAUGUGAUAAGCGUUUCCACUUGGAGUGCUUGAACUGCUCUCUUCUUCUCAUUGAACUGCGCGUUCUCAUGGAUGUCUACACACGCACACAUCCAUGCACACACACACAUAUGUUUAUACGUGUAUAUAUAUUGUGUAAAUUGUAUAUUGUAAAUUGUAAACUGAAUAAACAGCACUUAAGAACGCUACAGUCGAGAGCGCUCGACAUUGGAA